AUGGCUCGAACAAUGAAGUUCGUGUUUCAUCUGUUUAGACACUAUGGGUCGUAUAAUGAGGUGGGUGAUGAAGGAGGGUACACAAGUGAUGCCUGCCUCACGCUGACAGGAGGCGUGACUGAGAUAAUCAGUUUAAAAUCUAACAAGCCAGACCCACAUCGUCUGUUUCAUAGACUGAAGCAGAUCUUGGAGAAGGGCUCGCACAUCAACUGUUCUCUUCUUCAAGAGACGACACGUACCAGGAACACUGGACUCAUUGGCGGCCAUGCCUACUCCUUGACAGACACACGUUUGGUGACAAGACGUAAUGGAGAGAAGGUUCCUCUUUUAAGGAUCCGAAAUCCUCAAGGAUAUUUCCAGUGGAAGGGGAAGUGGAGCGACAUGAGCUCUGAAUGGAUGACGGUGGUGGAGGGUGACAAGAUACACAAUAUCAGAGAAGAUGGGGAAUUCUGGAUGAGUGCUGUGGACUUCCUGCAGCAGUUCAGUCAGAUAAUGAUCUGUUGCCGAAGACCAGAUUGCAUUGCAGAUGGCAGCACAAAGCCAAUGAGACUUGCUAAAGACGGUUAUGUUCCUUUGUUUUUGCAACUUGUUCAGAAAACGGAAACUCUUCAAAAUGACAGCAUGCAUUGUGAUCUUUUUAGGAUUAAACGUGUGGAUGAGAAAACCAAAACUCUCCACGUUCUGAAGAUUGAAAACUCAGCUAGAAACAACCACUACCUCCCGCGAUUGCACACCAACUUCCGAUUCAAGCUCAAACCAGGGCGUUAUCUCGCAGUUCCCUCCACAGAGAAAAAGGGGAUAAACAAGGAGUUCCUAAUCAGAGUGUUCUGUGCGUCACCUGUGCUACAAUGCAGGUAA